AUGGAUCGAUCUACCUGCAGCUCAUCCUGUGUGAAACUCUAUCUGUGCUCCAACCCAGAAGAUAGCGUGGUGGAGCGUAGAGCUCUGAGAGAGAACGUGUUUCCCAAACUUCGAGAGCACUGCAGACUUACACUGGGACUGGACCUCAGGGUGAUCGACCCGUUUGAGUCCAGUGAUCCGAGUCGUUGGCCAGAUGAAAACAUCAGACGACAGCUGAUUGAAGAAUGCAGGGAGAGCUCUGCAGGACCCUUUUUACUGGCUUUAAUAGGACAUCAAUAUGGCUCAGCUAGUCUGCCCACCCAGGUGGAGGUGUCAGAGUACCAGCUGGUGCUGCAGGAGAGCCAGCAGGCGGGGGUCAGCACCCAGGAGCUGGAGAGGGAGUACCAGAGGGAUGAGAACAGCAUCCCUCCCUCCUACUGCCUGAGAACAGCACACAACGUCACCUGCUGCUCCCAGUUGAAAGACGAGGAGGAGAUCGAUGUGAAGGCUAAAGAAGAAGAGCUGAUGAAGGUGUUUCAGACUGCUGUCAGUCAAUGUGUCCACAAAGGUCUUAUGACUCCUGAGAGAGCCCAGAGCUACUACCGGUCAGCCUUUGACGCAGAUCUGCGAUUUGCACUGGGCAACCGUCCUCACAGUGACAUCAUCGGACGCUGCCUGGUAUACAUCAAUAAGGUCAUUAAUGCAGAACGACAGGGGCUGAGGAGGUCCAAAAAUCAGACAGAGUUGGGGACUGCCACAUUCAAGCAAGAAACAACUCCCUCUGAUGAAGAAUUACUGUCAGAGCUUUGUGACAACUUCCUGCCCAGUCUCAUUACUCCCUUUCGCCUACCGGUCUACACCACUGCUACUGAGUAUGACCGUCGCCAUGGUUUCACGACAGCGAGGAGGCAGGGCUACGCUGAGUCUUUGUGCCAGCACGUGUACUCUAACCUGUUGGAGUUGAUCGACAGCGUGAAUGUAUCAGAAAUCAGCGAACACUCUCAGCUCGGCGAUGCUUUGGCCAGAGAGCAGUCCAAGCAGGAGGAGCUGUGUGACAUCCUGUCAGGAUUCUAUGACAUCAUCCGGACGGAGGAGGAGCAGAUCAGAGCAUAUGUGGAGCAGAGCGAACAGCAGUGUCCUCUAGUAGUUAUGGGAGGUCCAUGCACAGGAAAGACAGUUCUGCUGGCACACUGUGCUCUAAAGAUAAAGUCCUGGUUACCAGACUGUGAUCCUGUGGUGAUUACUCAUUUUUGCAAUUUUUCAAUCAACACAUCUCCAGAGCACCUGCUGUCACGGCUGUGUUAUCAGAUUGUUGCUCGCUAUAAAAGCAGAUCUUCCUCACAGCAGAACAUCAACAACCUAGAAGAUGCAAGUGCUAAAACGAACCUCAGUGACCAAAACUCUAACUCCCCAACAACUACUAUGAAUCCUGAUCAUAAACAAACUAACAAGGAGCAUGUUUCUAACCAAGACUUCAGCAACACACCUUUCCCAGAUCUUUGUGUCAUCAGGAAACCUGAUAUUUGUCUGUCUGAUCUUCAGCAACAUUUCGCAUCCAUCCUCUCCCUCCUUCCCUCAACUAAACAGCCUCUAAUUUUGAUCCUUGCUGGCCUGGAUCGUUUGGAAAAAAACUUUGGACUUGAAAUCAUUAAAAGUCUCCCCUUACUUCUUCCUCCUGGAGUCAAACUCAUCCUGUCAGUCUCCUCCAACCGUGCACAAGUCCUGCAGGCAUUCAGUGCACAAAGAUGUCCAUCUUUAUCUACGCUAGAAGGCGGUGAGAGGGAGUCAGUUUAUGUCUGUGUGCAGCUUGGACAGGUGGACAGGAAGCAGUGUUCGAGGAUGUUGGCAUCACUGCUGAGAAGUUCAGGGAGGAGGGUGACAUCAGGACAACAGGUGCUGGUGAACCAGGCGCUGACUACUUGUUAUCUGCCUCUCUAUGCUCGACUCCUGCACAAACACACCUCACUCUGGCUCUCCGAUUCAGAUGUGACGGAGUCAUCUCUCCCUGAUGGCGUCCAUUCUUCUAUUUCUGCACUACUGGAUCAUCUGGAGCAGAAACAUGGCCGCCCUAUUGUGGCCCGCGCCAUCUCCUACCUCACCCUCUCUAGUACUGGACUCACUGAGGCUGAGCUUGCUGAUCUGCUGUUCACUGAUGACAUGGUUCAAUCUAAGUUUAGCCAGCAUUAUUCAAACCCUUCCUCACUCAAGCAAAUUGAUGUGGAGAGACUUCUCUUGGAUUUGAGGGCAUUUCUUAUAAGAAGGACAGUCCAAGGGUCAGAAGUUUUGUGCUGGGUUAGCAGACAUUUCAAACUCAUAGCAGCGAGGAAAUAUUUUGAUACUUCUGCACUGAAGAGAAAAAUUCACUCAGUGAUGGCAGACUACUUCAGUGGAAAGCAGAAAUUUGAAACUAUCAAUAACGCCAUCCAAGGGGAAACUGCUGUAGAGAAGCAGCCGUUCAUCUUCCCCACUUUGUCCAACAAGCUUGGUCGAGUGAACUUGAGGAAAGUCUUAGAACUGCCUCAUCACUUGAAAGAAAGCAACCAAUGGGAGGAUUUGGAGCAUGGGUUGCUGAUGUCUUUUGGGUUUCACCAGGCUAUGGUGCAAGCAGGACUCUUGAAAGAUCUGGCGGCCAUGCUGGAGCGUGAAGAAGAGUCAGUCCACUUGUGUUUCUCAAGGGUUAAAGCAAUCCUAGCAAACAUAUUGAAGUCUGGUUCCUGCCUACUGCAGAGCUCGCCGAUGCAGCUGCCCACACUGAUCAAGACAAGCGUCCUUCCUUAUCUUGAGGUCUUUCCUGUACUCAAAGGUUAUGUCAGGGAGAUUAGAGAUGAGAGGAAGAAAAGAGGAAGUGGAUUAGGAGUAGUGCUUUGCCCAGCUCCCUCCUCGGUUCCUUCUGUCCAGAGUUCAAAGCAAAGUGCCAAAACCAAAGACGUUUCUGUAACUGAGGCAGCAGGGACAGUGUGUGGAGUUGUAGUGGAGGUGAUGGAGGACGGCAUGGCUUGGGUUUGGACAGGCUUUGGGUGUGAUGCUGUGAAACUGUCCCUGAAUUCUGAGCAGGAGAAUCUUAAAUUUUCAGGAGUGAAGAGUAGUGGUCAGUUGGUUCUGCUUUCCUCACAGUGCAACAAGCUUUUCUUGUGGGAUGUAUCAGGUGCACAAAUGUUCCUACAGGUCAAAGGCAAUUUUGAGUCAGGUCAAGAAAAUAUGAACAAACUGAAGGGGUUUGUUGCAAGUCAGAACAAAGUGCUCAUGUGGUGGGAAAAGGAGAGUUUUUUAAGUGUGUUUGACAUCUUCAGUGAGACAUUGAUUCAUGUUCAGUGUCAGAGCUUGGUGACUUGUUUGGUUUGCUGCUCAGAUGGCCUUCACAUUUACUGUGGGCAGGAGGACGGCACAGUGUCCAUAUUUGACACCAGUAAGGGCAACCUCAUUAGCACAUGUUCCAAUGCUGACAACAGUGCAGUCGCCUCAAUAAUUCUUUGUGAAGAGAAGUUACAAAUGGCAUGUGUUAACAAGAUGGGGAAUGUAACCCUGUGGGAACUGGCUGCCCAGUCUAAAUCACCAAGAUGUGUCAAAGAAGUCUCUACUGGGGGUGAAUCUUCCAACAUCCUCAACACAGAUUAUUCAGACAAACAUGACACUUUGCUGGUGUGCCACUCUCACCAGGUUACACUGUUGGAAACUUGUAACUGGGAGCUGUGGGACCAGUUCUUGGCUCCACAGGGAAGGACCUUCACUCAGGCAUUGCUCUCCCUGGGCAGCCACCUUUUCCUGGCUCUGUUAGAGGACUGUCCCCUUAUCUUGGUGUGGAGGGUCAGCUCAGGGCAGUGUGUUCUCUCCUUAGAAACAAAACAAGAGCCUUACACUCUUCUCAAGACAGCCCAAGAUGUUUUUUGUAUCGUUAAUGACGGCAGCCUCAGAGUGUGGGACUCUGAGAUGAUAGAAGCUGCAGGCACUGCUCCAAAAAUGGGUCUCAAAGUCCAAGAAGUGGUAGUUGAAGGAACAGGAGAGUGGUUCUACACCUCUGAUGGGUCAGAGACGGUGUGGAAGUGGAGGUUAAAAUCAGGACUUCCUCAUGCUUACUUCCAUCAUGAUGGUCCUGUGGAAAAACUGUGCCUUUCUCCUGAUGGCGUCCACUUUGUGACACUCUCAGGAGGUGAAAUUUACAUUUGGCAGAUAGAAACUGGUCAGAACAUCCUGCGUAUCAACGGCAGCAGAGCAACACACAUCCUGAUCACUCCAAAUAGCCAGUUUGGUGUGAGUAUUUCAGAUCGAUAUUUGUCUCGUGUUUGGAAGCUGUCACAAGGAAGCAUUGUGUGCAGCAUAAACCAGUUUCUAUCUGAUGCACAGGUGUCGCCUGAGAGCACCUUCCUUAUUGGCCUUUGUCGUGGAGACUUGUUGGCAGCAAGUUUGUGGACAGGCUCGAUAAGUAAGCGGUUUUCUUGUGUGGUGAGCUCGGAGCAUAUUGUUGCUUUCUCAACUCUUUCAGAGCACCCAGACUUUGUGGUGGUAAUGGCCACCUCAGGUGCAGUGUUCACAUGGAAAGUAGCAGAGGAGACGGUAUGCAUGCACUUCCAGCUGCCUCAUACGUUCCGCUGUCAGCCACAAGACUUCCACAUGUCCUCUAAUGGGAGCUAUGCCCUACUGUCCACUGAAAACAACACUAUAAACCUCCUGGAUCUAUCCCAGGUCAGACUGUGUUCAUUCAGGGCUGACCAUCCAGUCACCAGAGCCUGUUUGGAUAAAGCUGGGUGCUAUGUUGCCUACAUUUCCCGCCCCAGCAUUCAGGAGAAAGACUGUGUCUGUUCUCUGCAUGUGAGACCUGUCCUCACGGUUGUUCGACUAAUAGACGGGGAAAGAAUAGGAAGUGUGCGUUUUUGUAAGAAUCCAACCACUUUGGCCAUGUGUAAGCAACCGUUUGUGUUUGUGGGUUUUGAGGAUGGGUCAGUGGGUGCUUACUAUAUUGCUGAUAUCAAGAUGAAUGGCGAGGAGUUCAGGUUCAAAGAAAAUGAUCAGAUGAAGCAGUGCCCCUUCGACAGAGAACCACUCAGCUGGUUACACUUAGCAGCCCCUAAUGUCAAAUGGCCAUAGGGUUGUUAUACAGUGUUGUUAGGCUGUGCAGAUAUUCACUGUGACAGCACAUAAAUGUAAAAUGUAAAUAUCUCUACAUAAAUAGAAUUACCAUGUGAAACUUA